AUGGGAAAAGAGCAAUAUCUGACUCCUGCCCUGGUCACAGUGGCGGCUUGUACUAUCGGUGCCUACCUCAUUUGGAGGCAGGCGGCCAUUUCAGCAGUUGAGCCCUCCAACAAUAAUGAGGUUGUCGUUAGGACUCGAAAUCGGCGAACAGAAAUAGAUCCAGAGGAUAAAGCUACUGCUGCUGAAGUCAUAAAAUCGACGAACGAUCACGGCUACAUACAAAUGUCUGGUCACUAUGAAGCUUCAUCAACAGAAUUUCAUGACUCCAAGAAUCCUAAUUUCUCUGUUAGUCUUCAUACUUUAUGCGAAGUCUCCAAAGAGUGUAUAAAUGAAGACCAGAUAUCUGAACCAAACAGGAUUAGUGAUGAGUUGAAAACAACUGAUGAAUAUACCGGAUUUGCCAGCAGUGUAUUACAAUUAGAACAAACAAUCACAGAAGUAACUCAUGUGGAACCUUUAAAAAUAAGUAUGGUCAUGAUUGAAAGUUCAGAAUCUAUAAAUGACACCUCUGACAGUGUAUCAAAUGAAGAUAUAGACAUUCACAAAGUUAUUCUGUUGGAUCUACGUCAAAUACCUGGGCAUGAAGAUACUCUGCCAGAUCUGCCCCAAAAUAAAAGUUAUUCAAGUGAAACACCUGACUUUAAAUCAAAUGAAGCAAUAAAAAAUAAUGCAAUUCUAUCAGAUCUCUAUCUAACUUGUGGGUGUAAAAGUGAAGGAUGUUACUUUAAAUCAAAUGAAAAAAUGAUAAACAACAGAACUGUUAUUAUGCGAGAUUUGCCCCCAUCUUCAAGGUCUGAAAUAGAAGUUCUUUCCUGUAAAUCAAAUCCAGCUAUAGACAAUAAAACUUUAAAACAAACAAAUUCAGAAGAAUAUAUUUCAAGACAAGAAGAUACUUUGCCAGAUCUGUCCCAAGAUUUUGGUAGUACGAAGGAAAUACCAUUCUGUGAAUCAAAUAGAAGUAUAAAUAAUAAUACUGAUACUUUGCCAGAUCUGUCCCAAGAUUUUGGUAGUACGAAGGAAAUACCAUUCUGUGAAUCAAAUAGAAGUAUAAAUAAUAAUACUAUAGUGACCGAAAAAUCUCAAUCUGUAAAUGUAGUCUCUGACUGUGGGUUUAAUGAAUCUAUAAAUAAUAGCAAUGUUCUGGAUGGAAAUUCUGGUUCAUUAUAUAAAGGCUCUUACUGUGAAUCUAAUGAAGCUAUGAACAAUAACAACGUUACUAUGCAACACCUGCCACAAGCUGAAUUGUCUGAAACUGAAAUGUACAACUUUGAACAAAAUCCCACUGUUACAUUACAAGACCUACCACAAACUUCUAAGCCGAUUAAUGAAAUGUAUAACCCUGAACCAAAUAACACUGCUACAUUACAAGACCUGCCACAAACUUUGAUUAAUGAAAUGUAUAACCCUGAACCAAAUAACAGUAUGCCUGCUUCCGAUGACACUCAGAAGAUCUUGGGUUUCAUAGGGUUAAUGACACCACCAGAAGAAUUAAAUAAAAAGGUGUUCAGCAAGAAGCGAUCGCGAAGAAACCCUAUGCAUUUAGCUUUGAGAGAAGGGAAUUUAUCAUUGGUCCGAUCACUGUUAAGACAAGGGGCUUCAAUGGAUUUUACUGACAGACAAGGCCAAUUUCCAACACACCUGGCAGCAGCAUCAGGAAAUAUUGAACUCCUGGAAAUGCUUGUGUCUUGGGGAGGUGACUUAUCAAGGAAAGAUUUGUUUGGUUAUACACCAUUUCACAGGGCAGCACUCUCCGGCCAAACAGAAACCAUCAAAUGGCUUUAUGAACAUGGAGGAGGUUUUAUAAAAGAAAUAAGCUGGGCUGGAUGGACUCCUCUACAUGUUGCUGCUAUGAAUGGACACUAUGAUACCUCUCUUCAAUUAUUGGAAUUUGGUGCUAAUGUCAAUGCCAAAGAUAAUGAUGGUUGGACUCCGUCCUACCUGGCAAAAUUAUACCAACGAACUGAAGUACUGAAACUACUUAAAUCACGUGGUGGCACAUUUUGA